AUGACGGUUCUGCAUGAUACGCAUGAGGUUUGCGCUGCUGUGGAUAGAGGGGGAAGGCCCGAGAGGUUGACGAGAUUGCGACAGGCGGGACAGAGAAGCAAUGUUGAACCUGGGGGAUGGACUAGACAUCGGUGA